AUGGCUCUUUUGGCUCUUUCGACUGUUGCGACGGGUGGGCUCAUGGGAAUUGCGGGCUUUUUUGUUUGGCGUAAAGGACUUUUUCGAAAACGGUAUGCGGCACUUUUUGGAGAUGAAAUAUACAAUGAAAACAAGGACUUGAGAAAUGGUGAUUACCAGGAAGACACUUCCAUGUCAUUAUUCAGAGAUCGAGGUUUGUGUAGUAAAUACAAGUCUCUUCCUAGACGAACCAAGAGAACGAGUGGUGUAGCAGGAGAAUGGAAAGAUCCUGUAGUUGGCCCGAAGGUAACUCAUGGGUCGGUGGCUUUUCGACUUUUUGAGUUUGAUCCAAAGAAACAACAGCUCGUGUUUUCUAGUGUGGGAAUGCCAGUAAAAUUUGGAACACCGUUGGUUGUUGUCCAUCCGGAAACAGGCCGAGCAAUUAGAUAUUUGACACAUAGAAGAGCAGUGACGAUUAGUAAACCGCCUGUGAAUUUGGCCUUUCAUCGACAAGUGCGUGCAAGUCUUUUGGCAAUGGAAGAGGCGGCAAUGCGUCAUAGCUCUACUGAUCAAAGUCAAAACCAAGGACAGACACAGCGACAAGUACCAGUACUGAUCAACUACCCACGGGGAAGAAAACUGCAGAAUCUUUCUAAUGUUUUGUCGAGACGAACGCAGCAGCAUUCGGUAAGCCUCAUGCAGAACAGUGCUCAGCGUCGCAGCUUUGACACGAUUAACUCGGCUUCUACGGCGUUUCGAGCUGCAAUUGAUGAUCCACGAUCACUGCAGCUUGCACUUUCCUACACAGACGAUCCGACCGGGACAAAUGUCGUUAACAAUACUGACGUACCACACACGUUGUCGCGUUGUGGUCGCCCUGUUGCCUCGACGUCGUCGGAGCCAGCUAUGCAAGGCUUGAGUUCCAAGGCGUUCUGCCGAUCUAUUUCGGAGUCAUAUAUGAACAUAGUUUCCGACAUCACGGACACCCUCCAGCAGCAACGUGAACGUCAGCGCGACCGCCAGGAGCUAAGGCAGCGCCAGAAAGCGCUCAUGAGAGACUUACCGAACAUGUCGUUUAACAAUCACUUGGGCAAGUAUUACGUAGCGACAAUUGAGCCAGUCCGACAUCAGACAACUGGCAGCAACUAUCGCCUACCACUGGCUCCUAUUGACGAGUAUCUGCGUUGGGGACAGCCUAUGUCCCUGAUCUCCAAAUUUAACGGCCGUGCAUGUGGCAUUCGUCCUCGCGAGUACUACAAGGACAGUGAUUUGUACUUGACAACGGAGGCAUCGUCCACGACGAUUGUGCCGUUGCGUGAAGAUGGCGAUUUAAAGUGCAUGGCCAAAGAGUCGACGCGUUACUUGGCGCAUUUGGAAAAACGUCAAGUGAACGUGAGCGUGGGCACGUACAACGUUUGGAUGUUGCCUCGCAAGGUAAGCGCGUUUACGAGCUGUUCACCUAAGAAGAACACUCGUGCACGUAUGAUCGGCGACGUAUUGCCUCCUUGUGACAUCUGGGUGUUAACGGAGUGCUUUGACUACCGUGCCCGGGAUGUUUUGCUGGACAAGAUGGCGGAGGCUGGCUACUUUUUUUCUCACCAACGUAAGUAUCCGAUUCUCAGCGUACGGGUAAAGCUGUUCGAAGGGGCUUGUGCUGGUAGCGAUAAGAUGGCCGACAAGGGUGUGCUGUAUUGCAAGAUUCUGAAGGAUGGGCUGCUGGUGCACAUUUUUUCGACUCAUUUGCAGGCGUGGAACGACUCGUUAUCGCGAAUUAUGCGCAAAACACAGAUGAUUAUGAUCGCAAAGUUUAUGAAUGCAAUGGAUAUGGAUAAAGUGAAUGACGUUGUGCUAUUUGUGGGAGACAUGAAUGUCAACUACUGGUUGAAUAAGACGAAUCAAGAGUACGACGAGAUGUUGGAAAUUUUCGAAGCCAAGGAUCCGUCGGUUGUUCAUCCGCGAAAACUUGGCAACGCGUCAGAUUCGGAUAAGAAGGAAUUGGUGGGGGAGUUCAAGUACUUGCGCAAGCAUAGUUUUGACCCGCGCGUGAAUGCUUUGGCCGCUGACGGUCCAAGUUCGGACGGAAGUCUUGAGUUGUUGGACUAUGUUCUCUACUCGCGCACGCACCGCCAGCCAAAGACGGCAUCAAGCUGGGUGUUGCCGCUGAUGACGACGUCGCCAUGGAAUUGGCGUGGCCAAUCCCAGUACAACUUGUCCGACCACUUUCCCGUCGUGAGCGAGUUUACGUUUGAGAUGUAG